AUGGCAGUCCUAGAGGGCGUUCGUGGGAUCGAAGUUACAGUAUGCGCCGAUAGGCAAGCUCUCCAAGAGUACGACGACGAUGAGCCUGAGGGUGUUUCUGCUGAGGUUGAAGGAUAUGAUAAAGCUACUAAAACGGCUUCCAAAUAUAUUGAAUCAAUCACCGGCAAAGUGUUCUACAUCAAACUUGAGAUAAGCAAAGCAUUCAAAUUUGACUCUCCGAUUAUUUCUUUCCAUGUUUUUGUUGAUGGGAUGAAGGUUCGUUCGAAACACUGCGGCAAGAAACACGUUCCUCUGGCUAUGAAUGUAAAAGGUGUCAAAAAUGAGCUGGAUAAUGGGCAAACCUUCAUGAUGCCAUUCAAGUUCAGUGACAUCAUCACGAGCAUGGACGAUUCCAAAUUAGCGACAAUAAAAGAGGAUGCAACCCGACUGAGUGUUGUUGGUGAGAUCAUGGUCAAAGUUUAUCGUAAAAGUGAACCGCGUCUAUCGUCCGCAGGGCAACGCUCUAGGGUAAAACUCGCAGUCGAUACAUCAAUACCGGUUCACGAGAAAGCGCUCAAGGGCCGAGCUAUGUCGCAUGGUACUGUACUAGGAGCUGCUCAGCCUACUGGAGCAAGUCUUCGCUUCCUGUCGAGUUACAUAGACGGAGCAGACUACCCAAUCGCUAUCUAUCGAUUCAAAUACAGAUCUAAAGUUGCAGAAUCACUCGAGUCUCUCUUGAUACUCGAAAGAACCCCAGAGCCAUCUCCUUCUCCUUCUCCAGCUCCAAUUUCGAAUGGUGCUUCAGGACCUUUUGAUCUUGAAAGCCUCGAUGCAACCCAGAAGACAAAGCUUCAGGAGUUUUUGGGAAACUUACUGGGCAAUGGAGGUCAACCCAACGGAGAGAAGAAAAUUAAGCGGGAAAGAGAGGAAACUGAUUCCAAGACCAACAAGCGACCAAAGAGAGGCGAACGUGUUGAAGUUGAUUUGAUAGGAGAUGAUUCGGAUUGA